CAAAGAUUCCGCAAAUUAGAGCUAUGUCAGCUCCAAAUGUCAUGAGUGAUGUGGGGAAUCCACAUUCCAAUUCUACGAUUUCUACCCGCCAGGCCGACGAGGUUGCACUGCCCACGGACGGGAGAGGGGAACAGAGCAAUGACAAUGACCAAUCAGUUGACACCAAUCCAAUGAUCCAGCUACCUUCGAAAGAUAGCUCCAGGGAUCCUCAAAAUAGCAUUCAAGCAACUGCGAAUGAUGAGGGCCAGCUCCACACUUCCGAAACGAGCGGUGAGAUUGAGAAGGAAGUGACUUUCUACCAAAGCCUUGCCAACAAGGUCAUGGACGAUGAUGAGAAUUUACCCGUCGCCACUCACAAAGCUGGUACAGCUGUUUAUCAAUCUUUGGUCCCGGAUUUGAUGGAGGAAGAGAGGGACAGACUGGAAGUCAGAAGCAGGCAAGCCAUCUUACAUAUAGCCUAUACCGAUCUUAGGGUCAAGAAUCUAGAGAAGGAAGUUAAGAAGCUACGAAGAGAUUUACAAGGCUUACCAGAAGAUUUCGAGUUUGCGAAAUCGGUGAGCAAUCCUGUGUAUCUCCAUGAGCUGAAACGAUCUUCCGCUCCUGAAUUCCGAUUGACCGAAGAAUCGAGAACGAUUCCGCCACAUCUGCAGCCUGCGUUAGAAGUUCUUCUUGUCGAUAGGGGUCCUGGUUCAAAUGAAACUAAGACUGGAGAUAACGCCAGUGGCCAACGAUCACCAGAAGUUAUAAGGAUUCGGCCCAGGAUUUUAGCCAGGCACCUUGGAAAGAUUUCCGGUGAAGACACAGAGCCAAGAAUAGCACUUCGCGCACACGACGGAAAAACCCAGCCUUCUGCGAUUGUGUUUCGAAAGCCAUUCAAAAUCUUCUGUGCAUUUGAAAAACAGAUCAGAGCGAGUGUUGCAGAAUUGGAAACUCAAAUCGAGAAGAAAAGCAACGAAGUUACAGAAUCCAAAGGCAAAGCGCAAGAAACACAGGACACCAAGCGCAAACGCAAGGAAUAUGAUGACAGUGAUCUUCUUAUUGAUUUGAAACUGCUAAUAGAGUUCCUUGAUGUUGACUUGAAACCAACGCUAGAGUUGAGAAGCAAGAUCAAGGAUGGUACAGCGACCACCAUUGAACACGAAGACCUGUGGCAUCUGUUCAAUUUAGGAGACAAUGUGAUACAACAGUCCACCGUGCCUAAGGUCUAUCGAGUGAUCAAUUUCACUGGCGGCCGCGAGAUUUUGAUUUCCAAGACUGACAUGGAUCAAAAGCCUGUCCAUGUUGAUGGUUUUGCGAUAGAUUGCUACAACCUCGGUUUUGAUGGAUCAUCGUUUGGACCUAAAUUUACCUCAUUUUCUAUCCGGAAAUUUCUUGGCACAAGACAUAUCACUUCUUUACCCGUUUUCCCCUUGAAAUUCGAUCCCUCACGAGAGGCUCUAGAAAAAGAUCUCGUCGAUCGAGGCACAAGAUACCUCGAACUAACCAAACUUCCAUACGCGCACAGAUUGCUAGUAGGAACGACGUUGGAUGAGCCUGCAGAAGAAAUUGAUGCUCAGAUAAUCGUCGACACGACCUUUGCGAUCAAUAGAAAUCCCAAAUGGCACCAAGACUUAGACUUUGAUGAAUCCGAUCUGACUGAGGGUGAUAUACGUGAAACACAAGUCCCGCCCUUUUGCACGCAUGUAAAGUUCAAUGAAGGAUGCUGCGGAAGUGACACCAUUCAGAAAGAUCUUGAAAUGGACAAAUCAAGAGUUGACGAAUACAUUCAGAUGAAUCGCCAUGCUUUGAGGCUGUUUCCUGCGAGUGAUCUUGCUGAGAAAGACAAAAUAUUGCUUCCUCAUUGGGCAUAUGGAUUUGUCCUCAGGAGCAGGCAGUGGGUAACUGUGAACAUCGGUGAUCUCUCAGAUGUCAUGUAUGAAAACAACUUCGAUAGUCUAGUGCUACCUUCAGGACACAAGGAAACUGUCAAGGCAUUGGUAAGAAAUCAUGUAAGAGAUUCAACAAAUUCGACCGCUACUUCGAACUUGGGGGCGUCCAUGGAUCUAGUCAGAGGCAAGGGCAAGGGUUUGAUCAUCCUUCUCCACGGUGAACCAGGCGUUGGAAAAACUUCGACCGCAGAAUGCGUUGCGGAUCUUACUCAACGCCCACUGUUCCCAGUGACUUGCGGAGACAUUGGAGAAACAGCCGCGGAAGUUCAGAAUACUCUUGAUCAUAAUUUCCAACUAGCUCACAAGUGGGGUUGCGUCCUUCUUCUUGACGAAGCCGAUGUGUUCAUGGCCAAGAGGAACAAGACAGACCUUAGGCGAAACGCGGUUGUCAGUGUGUUCCUCCGCACUCUUGAGUAUUACAGUGGUAUACUAUUCUUAACUACUAACCGUGUUGGAAGCAUCGAUCCAGCCUUCAAAUCCCGCAUCCACAUGAGCUUAUUCUAUCCGCACCUCGGUCUCGAUGCAACCCUCCAGCUUUACCAGAUCCUCCUCGACAGAACUCUUGCAGAACAGAAAGCGUCGAAGAAUGUGGACUUCAAAGUCAAGUCGAAAGAGAUAAAGAGCUUCGCUAAGUCGCAUUUUAAGCGCCUGGAGAAGGAAGGGCUUGCCACAUGGAACGGAAGGCAAAUCCGGAAUGCAUUCCAAACUGCUAUCACGCUCGCAGAGUACAGCUCUCGCCAGUCUGCGGCGGAGACCACAACGCUCGGCAAGGAACAGUUUCAAAUUGUUGCAGAAGCUUCCAAGGAAUUUGAUAUCUACAUGAAAGAGACACUUGGAGCCACAGACGCGGACCUGGCUAGGCGAGAGGACAUUCGGUACGAUAGAUUUGGUGUUCGUGGGUUAAGCAAUACUCCUGCAGUGCGCUCCGAAUGGAGUAAAGAAAGGCAUCUUCGCCCUGUUGGACGAAAUUCUAAAGAUCCUGAGAGCGAAAGCGAAGUGUCAUCUGAUAUGGAUGAUGAAGAUGGUGAUGACGAUGACGAAGAAGAAAUUUUGCCCCGUGUCGGAGAUGCAUCUUCCACAAUGGCUAAAGGCAAGGCUGUUGCUGCCGGCUCCUCAAAAGGCGAAAGUGCCACUGGGUCGAAUCAGUUGGAUAUGAAAGAGUUCGAAGAGUUUUUGAGGUUCCAGGAGAUGAAAAAGAAGAGAGCAAAGUACUAGAAGUCUUAAUCUUUUCCCUCCCUAUUUGCCUUAGAGGUGGGCUAGAUAGCUCGAAGAGUCGCCCCGAGCAGACAUCGAAAAAAAUAUAUCGUCCAUCCGUCAAACGUUUGCAGUACAUUUUGAAGCUCAUCGACAUGGAGUGUUUGUAUUGGCACUCACAACAUGGUUGUAAUAUCCUCCCUAGAAUCAUGGUAAACUUUUUCUUUGAAGAUGAUGGAGAGGGCGAGUCCAAACUGAACGAAUAUUGUGCUGAAAAUGUCCGCUUACUACCCC